UUUAAUAUCAUUUAAUGGUGUUGUUGCCAAAAUAUCUUCAGCUGAUUUAUUUCCAUUCCACGUAUCAAUGGAGAACCGAGAUAAACAUACAACACAAUCUGAUUCUAAGAUUAAUGUUAAACUAUUGAAUGGACUAGAUACUCGGUUAUAUGUCGCAAUUGAUUUCGGAGCUUCUUUCAUUAUUUCCGGAAUUUUGGCAAUCAUAUUUAGAAGUAUGACUGCGCCGCUAGAAAGGAUUAAAUUGAUUUUACAAACACAGGCGAGUAGCUGUCAAAUAGGAAUUCAGAAACGAGCUCCAUAUACUGGUGUUUUAAAUGCAUUUAUUAGAAUACCUAAGGAACAAGGAUUCUUAUCUUUAUGGCGCGGAAAUCUCCUCAAUGUUUGUCGAUAUUUUCCAGCUCAAGCGAUUCAUUUUUCCUUUUAUAACAUAUAUUACGAAAUUUUUCGAAGAAUAAUUCCAUCGGGGACUUACAGUCACAUCAUUUUGCCAUUUUUGACCGGUGGUUCUGUCGGUGCCACUUCCACCAUGAUACUCUAUCCCCUUAAUUUCUGCAAUACACGAAUAAGCGUAGAUGUCGGCGAUGACAAGAUUAUUAAGAGGGAAUUUUUCAAUCUAAAAGAUUGCUUAACGAAAGUUUAUAAGAACGAUGGUUAUAGAGGUUUUUAUCAAGGAUCGUUCUACAUGGCGAUCGCGCACUCCUCGUACAGGUUUUAUAGUAGUAAUACUUAAGAAUAUUAAGUAAAAGUAUGUUAUUAAGUAAAACUAAAAUAAUACUUAACAAUAGUACUUAAUUUUAUUAUCAAUUGUGAAUUCAAAUAUAUUAAUAUGUUUAUUGAAUGA